GCAGACCCGGGCACGGCACCGAGCGCGGCGCGCAGGAUUACGGCUCUGGAAGCGGGAGGCAGCAGGAGGAUUAGCAGGGAAGGGCAGAGGGAGCAGGAUUUAUCAGCUUUUCAGAUAUGCAUUACGGCCUUUUGUAAUAUUUCACUGGAUUGUACAGGACUUUGCCUGGCUACAACAGGGGCUCCUCAGCCACAAAAGAAAGGUUUCAGCAUCGGCGGCUCGGCAGCUCGGCAGGGCACGAUGAAGGCGCCAGCCCUGGAGCCCACGGAGCCCCUGGGGCAGCCAGGCGCCUGAGGCUGGCACCAGUGCCACACCAGGCUGGUCUCUGCUGCAGACAGCUGGGAGGAGCUUUUCACCAGGAGAAGGCACCCAAGGGAUGGGCUGAACAUAUGGGAGGAAUGAGUGUCUGGCCAGGCGAAGAUUUGGAGGCCUGUUGGGAAGCGUGAAGGGCCAGUUUCAGUAAGGGCAUGGCCAAAGCUUUCUUCAGGCUACAGAAGUUUCUCCGUCGGAUCCAGUUUCUGCUCUUCUUCCUCACAGCAGCUUACCUGAUGGCUGGCAGCCUCUUGCUACUGCAGCGGACCCGCUUGGUUCUGCAGCAAGGUCCCCGUGGGACCCCCAGUAACCAGGCCCUGCCGGUGCCCGAGGAGAUGAGCAGGGUUGGGAUGGCAGAGCCCAGGAGCCUGCAGAAGCCCCGGCUGCUGGUGGGCACGGAUGCGCUGCAGGAGCCGGCCCUGGGCCAGCAGCACAGCCCGCGCUGGCUCGUGUCCCGCAAUUCGGAGCUCAGGCAGCUGAGGAGAAGGUGGUUCCACAGGUUCAGCAGCGACCAGCAGGAGCCCCUGCAGACAGCAGGUUUUAAAGCAAUGAAGCACACUGCUGAGCACAAAGGCACCUACAUGGGCUGCUUCACUCACGAUUCGAGGGAAAGGACACUGAAGGGAGCUGUCUUUUAUGACUUAAGAAAAAUGACAGUAGGUCACUGUCAGGAAGCUUGUGCUGAGAGAGCUUACAGCUACGCAGGCCUGGCGUUCGGAGCAGAGUGCUACUGUGGGAACACGCUGCCGGCCGCCGCCGCCAAGGCCGAGGAGUGCAGCAGCGAGUGCAAGGGCGAGAAGGGCUCCGUGUGCGGAGGGCUGAACCGGCUCUCGGUCUACAGCGUGGAGCAGCUGCGGGCAGGAGCCAGGCCACUGCGGAGGAAUGUUAUCUAUCGAGGAUGUUUUAGAGCUCCAGAAAAUUUAACAGACACCUUUUCAGCCUCUUUGAUACAGCCCAAUUUGACGGUGGAGAUGUGCUCUGAAUUUUGCUCCAAGAAAGAGUUCCCGCUGGCAGUGAUCCGAGGGCAGGAAUGCUACUGUGGAUACCCCACCAGGCGCUUCUCGCUGCGCGAGGGCACGGACGGGCGGCGCUGCGGCGGGAGCCACAACGCCAGCAGCGCGGCUGGGGGAGCCUACUGCCUGGUCUAUCAGACACCUGUGCAAGACACCCGCUGCACAGACAGGAAAUUCUUAACCACCAAAUCCAAAGUGUUUGUUGCUUUGUCAAGCUUUCCUGGGGCUGGGAAUACAUGGGCACGCCAUCUGAUAGAGCAUGCCACAGGAUACUACACAGGAAGUUAUUACUUUGAUGGAGCCCUCUACAACAAAGGUUUUAAAGGAGAAAAAGACCACUGGAGAAGUAGAAGGACCAUCUGUGUGAAAACACAUGAAAGUGGCAAGACAGAGAUUGAAAUGUUCGACUCGGCGAUCCUGUUGAUAAGGAACCCAUACAAAUCACUGAUGGCAGAGUUCAACAGAAAAUACGCCGGGCAUCUGGGCUAUGCCACUGACCGCAACUGGAAGAGCAAAGAGUGGCCAGAUUUCGUGAACAGCUAUGCCUCCUGGUGGGCCUCCCAUGUCCUGGAGUGGCUGAAGUAUGGGAAGCGCCUGCUCGUUGUCCAUUAUGAGGACCUGAAGCAGAGCCUCAUCCCCAAGCUGAAGGAGAUGGUGGAGUUUCUGAAUGUGACAGUGACAGAGGACCGGCUGCUCUGUGUGGAGAACAACAGGGACGGGAAUUUCAAGCGGUCUGGUGCUAAGCAGAAGAAUUUUGAGCCAUUCACCCAGGAAAUGAAAGAUCUUAUCAACAGAUACAUCCUGACAGUGGAUGAAGCCCUAAAGGGAAGAAACUUCUCUGGGCUGCCCAGGGAGUAUGUGCCAAGAUGAUAGGCUGCUAUCACAUUGCUGUGGUUAAAAAUGAAGUGGUUUUUUUUCUUAAAAAAAAGGAAAAAACAAAAAAAAACAAAAAAAAACAAAAAAAAACAAAAAAAAAAAAAAAAAACAAAAAA